AUGGAUCAAAGUUACGACUCCAUCGUGUCCAUGGGCGAAUACAGGCCCAUGGUAGUGUCUCCCAACAUGUCACCGCAACGGAACGAGACCAUCUGUGGUUGCCAUUGCGGAUGUGGCUGUGGUUGUGCUGGCGACGGUGACGAGAGCGAGCGGCUGAGCGACAGCGUGACAGCGAUCGGCUCGAGCGAGUCUGAGGAUGGAGAGGAUCCUGCGCCUGCCCAGUAUACACCAGACCAUGGCGUCGAUAGUGAGAACCCUAGUCGCCCAAAUCCUGGGGUCUUGUCACCGCGUGCCAUGUCGCAUCAGGUCAUCGUUUGGCUUCUGGAGAGACCCGAAAUCCUACAAUUCAGCGAGACGUUGCUGGGCCGGGAUCGAAUUUCCGCUUCUUCACUGCUCUACAACGGCGACGAAGGCAGGACAGUGAGCCCUCUUGAUGAGCCCUACAGUGUGGAAACCCUAAGCAGCGUAGGCACUGGUCGAGGAAACGUGCAAAUAAUAUCUCCGGGUCCCGGAAUCGGUGGAUGGUUGCAUGUAGUUCCGGAGAGAACUCGCGUUGAACACAGUCAACGCGUCUACAUUCUGACACCUCUUCGGCUGAGCGCAGAAUACCAGCAUGCGCGUGGGAAGGUGGUCGAGCACAUGCUCAUACCAGAUGAAGAAUACGCCCCAAGAGUCUAG